AGAAAUAGAAUAGAACCCUCAACCAGAAGACAGAGCUCCUUUGCCAGUUCGGGAGAUGGAUUCCAGAAGGCUGGAGGAAGAAUUACAGUGGAUGGAGCUGGUCUGGGAGGAGGUUCCAGCAGACAAGACAGAGGAACCUCUUAGCUCCCGGGUCUGGAGUACCCUGUUCCAGGCAGUGUGGUGGGGUGCUCCCAGCUUGGUGAUGCAGCUGCUGAGGCAAGGUGCCAGUGUGGAGGAGAGGGAUCACACAGGUCGGACUCCGCUCCAUCUGGCUGUGAUGCGAGGCCACGUGCCUCUUGUACACCUACUGUUGCAGCGUGGGUCCCUGGUGGGUGCAGUUGACCACAAAGGGCGCACACCACUGCACGAGACUGCCUGGCACGGGCACUCAAAACUUGCAGAACUAUUGCUGCAGCGUGGGGCCUCAGCAGUGGCGUGCUCUCAAACCGGGCUCACACCCCUGCACUGGGCAGCUGCGCUGGGCCGCACGCUACUGGUUACAUGCCUUAUGGCCGCUCCAGGUUCUGGCCCUGCUGUGAAAGACAGAAGAGGUUGGACUGCCAUUCACUGGGCAGCUGCGUGCAGGCAGCUGCCGGUGCUAGAGCUGCUGACCGUUACAGGCAGCGUAGACCUGGACAGCGCCCUGCUGGUGUCAGCGGUAGCUGGAAGUGCACCAGCCCUGAGGCUUCUCCUGGCACUGGGGGCAAAGGUGGAUGCCCUGGACAGCACAGGAGCUACCGCGCUUGGCCUGGCAGCUGGCCUAGGCCACCACCAAGAUGUUGAGGUGCUGCUGGACCACGGGGCAAACCCAAGUAUCAGGGACAGGAACAACCGCUCUGCACUCCACAGGGCCGCCACUGGUGGAUACCUACCUGUUAUACAGCUGCUGGUGGCCAAGGGCAUUGAGGUGGAUUCUCAAGACUCCCUGGGGCUCACACCCCUACACUAUGCUGCUCGGGGAGGCCAUGUAGAAGUUGUCAGCCAUCUCCUGGACAGGGGUGCACAGGUCAAUGCUGCUGGCUGGCUCCACAAGACCCCUCUGCACCUUGCUGUGGAAUGUGGUCACAGCAGCACCAUAGAGCUUUUGCUGAGCCGAGGAGCCAACUCUACCUUGAGGACACAGUGGGGUGAAGUGGCCCAGGCUCUAUAGGGUGUCUGCCCAAGGCACUGCC